CAUUCAGAGCACGGAGAGAAACACACAGACACACACACACACACAUUUACACACACACAGACACACACACACACUGCAGGAGCACAGCGCCAUGGCGUCUGCCAGUGUCGUGGGGCAGCACCCGGGUCCGCACCGGCUGGACUCGGACCAGCAGCUCUUUGUGUUCACGCUGACCGGCGUCAGGAAGAAGCUCAGCCCGCCGAGGAGGAAAGCCUCCCGGGAGAAGCUGCUGUUCCGGAGGGGGUCGGGCAGCGGCGGGGACAGCGGCUCGGUCCCCGGGGGGGAGGCAGCGGGGAGGACAGCGGGAGAAGCGGAGCCGCCGAGGGGAGGAAGGAUGCCCGGGGAGGGAGACGAAGCUCCGCCACCUAGCCCGGAGCAGGAGGGCGGCUGCGGCUGCGACCGGCGCGGGGCCCGGGACACUGAAACCCGGCUCGCUCCCUGUGACUCCAGCCAGAACACCGGGGGUCGCAGGGGGGCUUCGCUCAAGAGGUCGGGCAUCGCUGUCAUGCACAGCGACGUCAGCUGCCGGCCCCGGGACCGGGAGUCACGGAGCGGAGACACCGGACAAGAGAGCAGCUGCUCCUCGGUGUCAGCGCCGGGGGACAGCGGAGGUCUCCCGCGGCUCACCCAGGCCCGGAGCGGGGUGGUGAGGCUGGCCCGGCCCGAGCCGUCCCGCCGGGAGGCCUGGUCCAUCUUCCCCCAGGGGCUGGACCCCCGGGUGAGGACCGAGAAGGGCGAAGGACACAGGUUCGAGUCCAAGCCCGUCACGCAGGACUGGUGCGACGCCUGCAGCCAGAAGAUCACGGCUCAGGCUCUCAAAUGUCAAAACUGCAGCUACACCUGUCAUCUGGAGUGUCAGCGUCAGGUCCAGCUGGACUGCAACCAAAGGGACAGACAGGGGGAAAAAACUCCUUCUCCCAGCAGCAGCCGCUCCUCCACGGGCCCUCAGCACAAGCCGACUGAGACGAAGGAGGAAGAGGAGGGAGGGACGAAAGAGCUGUCGGCGGAAGAGGUGCGGACCAGGAUAGAAGAGUAUAACGCUCAAGUCACUGAAAAUGGAAUGAAUCUGGCUUCAGAUGGAUCCUUCACAGGUUUCAUUAAGGUCCACCUGAAGCUCAGUCGACCAGUCACCGUCCCCUCUGUGGAGGCGGCGGGUUCAGAGGGAGCGGCCCGGCAGGCGGCCGGGAGGGAUCGAGUGACGUCUGAGCAUCAAGAGGAGACGGACUGCGGUCAGAGUGAAAAGAGAACAUCCUUCUACCUACCAAGCGACUGUGUGAAGCAGCUCCACAUCAGAUCUCAGACCACCACCAGAGAGGUCAUCCAGGCCUUGCUGAAGAAGUUCAUGGUGCUGGACAAUCCCAGCAAAUUCGCAUUGUACAGGCAGAUGCGCCGCGACGGACAGGAUCUCUUCCAGAAGCUUUCUCUGUGUGAGCGUCCUCUUCUUCAGAGGUUGGUUGCCGGGCCGGAACCAGAGCAGCUCACCUUUGUCCUGAAGGAAAAGGAGACUGGAGAGGUGCAGUACCAUGCGUUCUCUGUCACUGAGCUACAAAACUUCCUGGUGUUCCUGGGGAAAGAGGAGGCGGAGCGCGUGCGGGCAGUGGGGCAUAAAUAUGCCAUGUACCGACAGAAGCUACAACAGGCCCUACGACAACAUGACCCCUGACCCCCUCACCUGUUACCUUAUGACCUCUAUUCAGGGAGAGACUGACGCAGCCAUCUAUUCAGAGACUGGGGCCGGAGCUGAACUUGUGUCCGUCCCCCUCCCCCCCUCCACAGAUACACACAAACACACAGUACAUCCAUACACACACACACAGACGUGCACACUUUCUCAGGACGUAUACAAACCCCCCCCCCCCACAAGCUCCAUUCUCUCCCUGAGGAGAGAAUCGGGGGUUGACAGCGGCGUGAGACUCUCCAGGUGUGUGGUCUGCUCGCUGGUCGGACAUGUAGUGUUUUCAUUGCCAAGGACACAAACAGAAAGUUUUCCGAACACUUUCUGUGUGUGACACUUGAGAUUUCAUGUGGGACUGAUGUGAAUCAAUGGUGUUUUUGCAGACUCCAUCUUCUUCUGCUACUGCUGCUGCUGCUACUGCAAGUGUUACUUAUGCAUGAGUCUCUCAGCUCAUCCCCUCUGCACAUAGUUAGAAUAGAAACAGAAGGCAUGAUUUCUUUUUGCUGCAUCUGUGUGGGAUGGAAGGACAAUCAUACUGUGUGCUUCUCUUUUUUGUGAUCAGAACUGGUGUGCAUAGGGUUCUCACAGGAUGUUUGAUUGGAAUAUGUGUGAAUUUGUGAGGGAGGGGUUAACGGUGAGGUACUUGCCAAUCUUGGAGCCCAUUGGCUAUCGAAUGAUGACGGUUUAAGGCCUGGUCACACAUAUACGCACAUAAUGUGAAUAUCACAGGUCAAAGUUCACCAAAGUUUAACUCCAUGCAAAGCCACACUAUAAGAUUUGCUUUACCAGAGGAAGCAAAAGUUUUAUUUACUUCCUCACCUACACCGAUUGAAAGCAAAUGGAAUGUUCGUCACUGAAACAUUUGCAUGUGUGACCCCUCUUAGGUUCUGGGGGCAACUGCCAACAUGUUGGGGCUUCUGGUGUAAACAGCAGAUAUCUGGCCGUCUUCCAUUCACUGUCCAGACAACAUUUGAGCUAAUCUCUAUUAUAAAUUAAAAAGCAGAGAGCCGACACAUUUCGGUCAAAGUGUUCCGUUCUUUUGCUCUUCACACGGGCUGUUUACCUGUGGGCCACGAAAGCCUGCUCAAACCUGAUUGGUCAAACUCGAGACACCAGAAGGCUUCUAGCCCCAAAACCAUGUCCCUCGCCCACGGAUUCGGCAUUUUCACAAGCAGAAUCUGGUUAUAGAGAUUAGGUUCUGGCUACCAGUGCUUCACCUUAAACAAAGGGAAGGAAGCAGACAGCUUUGUUUGUUUUCAACGCUUAGAACAAGAAGGAAAGAAGGGAAAAGAAAGCGAGAUCCAUUCUCUCAGGGAGCAUGUGUUGAGCAAAGAAAAAAUUUAAAGUAGGAAAGAGGAGCCUCGCCUCACUUCAGUUCUCAUCUGUUCAGUUAAAUGCCAUGUGAAGGACCUGUGUGGGAAGAUGCUGUCGGGUGCUUCACUCGACAGAGAGGUCCUCAGUCAGACUCAGUUACCACCUUUCUCCUUUCUCCUUGCUCCUUCAAACAGGCACUUGAUCCAAACCUCUUCUUAGAAGAUAAACUGUGACUUCAUUCCCCCCCCUGAAUCCUGAUCUGACCCACCUUGCAUGAACUCCACCUGCAAAUACAGGGACAAGACAAUUUACAGAUUUUACACUUUGCAUACAACGCUAUGGGAUAUGGGUUGUAACUGAAUGUGAGAGGAGUUUUGUGUAGACCAAAGCUUAGAGGGACAGAUCUAUUGAGAGAAUUUUAAAGGGAACAGAGACAUUUGGAAGUUUAUUGAAUUAAAGGUAGUGUAUGUAAAAAAUGAAACCCGCUUCUGUUUUGCACAUAUUGAUGCAGGUCACUGAAUGGCCCACAACUAUGGGGUCUGGGCAUGCAUUUCUGUUUUCCUUUUCUUUUUAUCUUCCCAACUUGCACCCAAAAAAAGAAACUAUAAAAUUCUAUAAAAUUCAUAAUAAUGGCUAUGAUGUACCAACGAUGUGUUUGCAAUGCAUAUGUAUUAUGUAGACACUGGAAAAAGAGAGACAAGGUUUAACUUUGUUGUUAUUACAGAUAUUAAUAUUCCUUUGGUAUCAUUCCUACUGGUAUGCAUGUGUGUGUGUGUGUGUGUGUGUGUAUGUGUGUGCGUGUGUGUG